GUGUUAUUUACAAGCCCAGAAUAACUCAAAAUGUCAUCACGAAAGUGCAAAUACGAUGCUGAUGCAUUUUGUUUUAUAUGUGGUCAAUUUAUUAAAGUUCGAGACGUGAAAUAUGAACUAAAGACAUCUCACGUUCUCUGUGGAGCCUAUGAAGCAUAUUUUGACUGUCCUGUACGGAAUCAAGAUAAGCCAUGGGCUCCACAUGUUGCUUGUAGUUAUUGUAAAAGGUGUUUGGAAGGUUGGUAUCGAGGUGAGAAAAGGUCUAUGAAAUUUGCAAUACCAAGGAUUUGGCGAGAACCAAAAGACCAUACUACUGACUGCUACUUUUGUAUGGUGAAUCCGAGUAAAAGACGUAGAGGAAAUAAUAAAGCUGAAAACUACGAAAAGUUGGUUGAGGAUAUGCUUACAAAUUUUAAGGCCAUGGGCUGCAGGAUGUCAUUAAAAGUACAUAUGCUGCAUGCUCAUUUGGAUAAAUUUAAAAACAAUAUGGGAGCCUAUUCCGAAGAGCAAGGAGAACGUUUCCAUCAGGACAUCAUGAAUUUUGAACAACGCUAUCAAGGCCAAUACAAUGAAAACAUGAUGGGCGAAUAUAUUUGGGGUUUAUUGAGAGAAAGUAGCUAUGAACAUAAAAGAAAAAGUAAAAGUGUGCACUUUUAA